AUGGCCCCUCUCAUUUCGUCCUCCCUGUCCACAGACAUUGAAGACCGCCAUCAACAGCCGCCCAACGGAAGACUGCGACCUGACGGUACCGUCUCCCCUUCCCUACUACAAGUGGCACCCCACGACCGCAGGAAACAUAAGACACAACCCAGCGUGACUUCGGUACCAGUUGAGGAUCCAACCCAAGAGCUAUACCCGUUUCCAGAUCUGCCAACGGCAGGUGAUGGCCUUCAGCACGAAGACUUCCCAACGUACACCACACCAGCAGAACUAAUGUCGAGGGCCGCCGUUGAUGGGGGCCUGGAUCUUUCCUUUGACGAUUAUAUGACGCCAGAUCAGUCCACAGACAACUACAUAAGUGAGCACACCACCCCUCAGGAAGCUAUCUGGGAACGCGAGUUCCAGUACCUGCCAACGAACGGGGCCUCACUUCCACAUAUCCUCGACAGCUCCUCCCAGCAUUCUGGACACGAGGAGCUUCCGCCGACGGCAUUGCAAGAGCCAUACAAAAGUGCAAGUUUGGAUCAGCCCAGAUACAUCUCUGGUGCGGAUCUGCUCACACCGAGUCCACCUGGCAGCGCGAGGCCAGCGCCUGCACAGCUUGUUGCAGUUCAGAAUAACGACAUGGGUCGGCUAAAUAAGAAGCGUGGGGCCGAUACGCUUCAGCUAUCAACCGACGCUCGGUCGUUACAUCCUCAACCAUCGCGACAUGGCUCCGUCAGCCCCGUUAUCAUGGUAUCUUCUCACUCGCAUGGCGACUCACCAGCGCAUGCGACCCCUCCCACGCACAGGAGUCUCACUCGGCCAGGGCAAAGUUCUGCUAGCGGCGAACAUGUCUCGUAUUCACGUCUGAGACUUCCAGGAGCGCCCGACGCGGGUGUUCAAGAUAGCGCUAGUCCACGGACAGGGCAGGAUCCCACCAACAGGACUCUCAGUGAAGUCGCGACCGUGAACGAGCUUGCUGAAAACCUUCAGCUCAACGCACGGAAUGAACACGUAGAGAACUGGUUGAUCAAGACCGAGUCUAUCGUCGAUCAGGUAGCACGCCGUACGGACCGUCCACGGGCAUUGAGCACUGGUGUCAGGGUAGACGCGAUGGGUCUUCCCAAGUUUUCUGACGCCAGCAUACCUGGACCAGGUGUAAUGAUUGACGAAGACAGCACAGACGACUACUCCGAUGAUAGCUCUUACGUCGAGGCGCUCGCUUCCGAGAGUGGCAGCGAAGCUCCGGAGUCGCCUCCAGUGGAGGAAGAUGACUUAAAUGGGGAAGUAGCAGAUCGGAGCUAUUUUCCGCGGUUUGAAGACGAGGAAAUCCCGCCGGAGAUGCUGGAGCCAUUACCACGUCAGUUCUAUCGGAGAGGGCCGUGGCAAGAUCCACUCACUGGCCCCAUUUACAACGAUCAAUGGCAACCAUUUUCCUCGAAUGCGGCAAUGGUCAGAUACAACGAAGAGUCUGCCAAGUGGGAGACAGCUUCGCGUGCUGCCACGUGGGGCACGAGACGGCGGCUGAGCGAUGGCGAGGUUCAGUCCAUAGUCGAUGGCAGCCGAGUCCGACAUUUGUCGCUGGUAAAGCGUGGCCGUGCCCGCGGCAGCACCUUGAUCAAGUUGGCACGAGACAAAGCUAAUGAGCUCAUUCCACGCAGAAGCAACAGUAAUAUCAAGAGAGGCGCAGAGUCGUCGCAGUACCAAGAGCCGCUGCAACUAGUGGAGAGUCCACAACAGCGUGAAUCCAUUACCAGCAUCAACCCCGUUCAGAGGAUAUCGAGCUUCGGAAAGUCGAGGUCCUCAGACAUUGCCGCUAUCAAUACAUCGGUCACGAAUGCCCAGCAUGGCGAAGCUACUAGCGCCGAUUCUCAGAAGAUCAAAGCUGAAGGUGGUCUGCGCAGUCCAUUGCAUCUGCUGAGGAAAGCUCGUAGCAAGAGCGACGUCGGCAAUCGCAGCAGUGCUAAGUCUUCUCCAGGGCUGCACGAGCUGAUGGCCCAACAUGGCGGGCCGCCUGUCAUGAGCAUGGCAUCACCGAAAGCCGAUCCUAUUGCAGAAUUCCCGGGUCUGACAUCGGCCAGGGACAUCGCUCUCGAAGAUGACGACGACUAUGAAGGAGAAGACGACUUGGCGGAACCAGGCAUCAAAAUGGAUCUGAGCGUCCGUGCCGAGAACAUCAUUCCGAAUUCCGAAGGAUUCAAGUAUCACGCGAAGCAACUGAAUCCUCGUCUACAGCCCUAUUUGAUCGAUCGAAUAGGUCACGAACAGAUUCGACGCUACAAGAAGCUGCUUGAUUCACGAGUGAAGCACAAGAAGGCUGUCCUAGGCCGCAGUUGUACCUCCAAAGAUUUCUGUUAUGAGCUUGGUGGUGAGGCGAAACUCCUGACACCACGGCCGAGCAACAAAGACCCGUCGACAGCAGUCGCUCAAUUCUCUGUGCAUGGUCAUGGGGAGGCGGAUAUUGACGAGGAAAUGGACGAAGGCGUUGUGACGCCGGCCUUGUUCCCUCCCGGUAUUCCCUUGCCACCAGUGAAGCGCCUUCCUGCCGAGUUCGAGUGCUUUCUCUGCUUCAAGGUCAAGAAGUUUCAGAAGCCCUCGGACUGGACCAAGCACGUCCAUGAAGACGCGCAGCCGUUCUCUUGCACAUUCCCAAAUUGCAACGACGGCAAAAGCUUCAAGCGCAAGGCUGACUGGGUUCGACACGAGAAUGAGCGUCAUCGUCGUUUGGAGUCCUGGAGAUGCAACGUGCCAGAAUGCAGUCACGUCUGCUAUCGGAAGGACAAUUUCGUGCAGCAUUUGGUCCGUGAGCACAAAAAGAACGAGCCCAAGAACAAAGAUAAGCCAAACGCCAAGAGCAGAGGAAGACAGGAGGAUCACGAGGUUUGGCAACUUGUCGACGCGUGCCGACAAGAGUCCUCUAUCAGGCCACAGGACGAGCCAUGCAAGUUCUGCGGCAACAAACUUAGUAGCUGGAAGAAGCUCAGUGUGCACAUGGGCAAGCACAUGGAACAGAUCGCCAUGCCGGUACUGGACCUCAUCAAGCUGAAGGACGUCACAGCGGACACAAUCAUCAGCCCAAUCGAGCAGCAGAACCUGCUUGGUAAUGGAGGCAAGAAGGGAUCUGGAAAGUCUGCCAAUCCGCAAAUGUAUCUGGGUCAAGGCAUUCCAUUGGAACAGUUCGGCUCCACGCAACUUGCCACAGCAAGCCCUCUUCUGGCCACGCAACAUGAUCCUAGUCUUUCGCCCUACACGCAAAGCGUCCAGUCACAUCACAUUGCGUCUGGCACCCAGUCGCCGGCAAUGAUGCAAGCGAGCCCUCACAUGAACCAUCUGGGGUACAACGAAUCGGCUUACUUCGCGAACGUAGGUGUCAAUGGAGCCCAUGGUCAUAUCGACCAGAGUGAGGCGUUCGAGAAUGCACAUGGGUACGCGCAAGCCGGCUUCACGAAUGCCACAUCCCAUCCUGGACAUUACGCGCACAACAACACGCAGCUGGGAUCGAACUACUCGCCUGCGCAACAAGCCAUGUCCACGCCCAUGUCUGCACAUUCGAUGACGAUGAUGAUGGGUCCUUCGAGCGCAACGAGCUAUGGGCACCCCGAUGCCCAGUACGGACAGCCGGCAGAUAUGGCUUCGUUUCAGAACUACUCAGCGGCAUCACAAACAGCCACUUACAACACUACGGUGACAGACCAGCACUCCUAUGGCAUGCAUGACCAGUAUGCUCAGCAGCAGCAGGACCAGCACCAGCAGCAGAACAUGUAUCACAAUCACUACUGA